UACAGACUCUGGAAAUGUGUGUGGAGAGGAGGAGGGGAAGAGAAAGAUGUCAGGAAAGGAGAAGAAAGAGGCCUUAAAAGAGAAACUCCAGCUUCUACGCUCCGUUACAAAGUCAAAUGCGGCAAAUAAGACGUCAAUCCUGGUAGAUGCGUCGAAAUACAUCAAGGAGCUCGAGGACAAGGUUGAAGCAGAAUCUGCUGCUGCUUCACAAGCUGACAGCGACGCCAUGGCAGCAAUGGUGAGCGUCGCAUCGGUGGAACUGGCCGGGGAUAGCAGCAGCAGCAGCAGCAGGAGAGGAUUCCGGAUCAAUGUGUCGAUGGAGAGGAGCCGGCCUGGGCUGCUGGUGUCGGUGCUGGAGGCCUUCGAGGAGCUCGGCCUGGAUGUCCUCGACGCCGACGUCUCCUGCGCCGAUGACACCGCCUUCCGCCUCCAAGCGCUUGGAUCAGGUCAGGGCCAGCAGGGGGAAAGCGUCGACGAGCAAAUGGUUCGGCAAGCGGUGUUGCAGGCCAUAAGCAAAUGCAUCAACGAUGGCGAUGACUAAUUAAGGAAACCAACAAGCAAAGAAAAUCACAUGCAUGCAUGCAUGCAUAUAUAUCAUCUGUAAUAGUAUUUCCUACCAAAAGAUGGAAAGAGAUCGAUAAACGAUAAGCAAACGACUGCGAAUUUACUAGUUAAGAUAAAAGAACAAGUUGUACUAUACUAUAUGGAUUUAGUAUUAAUUGGAACCUACGUUUUCGUCAGCAA